GCCUCUAGCUAUCUCUUCUUCCCUUCCCCUCUCUUCAUUAUUUCCCUUCCUUAUAAGUCCCUUUUCUGCUUUGAUCUAGUUUCUUUUUGGAUUGUGAUCAUUCUUUGCCCUAUCCCAUUCCAUAUCGUCCAUCUUCGCUGGACCCCUCUCUUCUCUCGCCAUGGCACCUGUUUAUAUGAACCCACCUCACUCUUCUUUUGCACUCGCACAAGAGCAAAACAAUGAACAACAUUUGCAGCUACUCCUGUCAUCAUCAUCACAUCCCCCACCUCCUCCUCUCUCAUGUCCUACUUUUUUUAGCGCAACUCAAGAUCAAAGAAUGGCUAUAAUUGAAGACUGGCAACAACAUGAUCAGAAGGUUAAUCAGUGCAUGGGCGAAGGAGGAUUAACUGAUGUAGAUGCAAUUUCUUCUUCCUCACUUCAGCCGAUGAUGGACAUGUCGCUGUAUAUAAGAGAGGCUACAAAAGGAAAUAAAACUGCUGAAAACGGUUCAGCAGCUAAAUGGAUGCCCUCGAAGAUGAGGCUGAUGCAAAAAAUGAUGAACUCGAAUUGCACAAGAACCGAAGAAUCUGCAAAAAUUACCCAAAAACUUCAAUAUCAAAUGGAUGAGACUAACGAAGCCAAUUCUUUUAUUAACAGCAACAACACCAUUAGAGUCUGCGCAGACUGUAACACCACCACCACCCCCCUCUGGAGGAGCGGCCCUCGUGGUCCCAAGUCCCUUUGUAAUGCUUGUGGUAUUCGGCAAAGGAAGGCAAGAAGGGCAGCCAUGGAAGCAGCUGCAAACGGCACAAUUGCUGUUGCCACUGACUGCAAGAUGAAGUUGCAAAGCAAGGAGAAGAAAUCACGUACAGCCUAUAUUGCCCAGUAUAAAAAACAAUGCAACAAGUCUCCAGAUCCUCCUCCUCAUCAUCAAUCCCAGAGAAAGCUUUGCUUUAAGGAUUUUGCUCUAAGUUUAAACAAGAAUUCUGGCCUUAAACAAGUGUUUCCGCCGGAUGUUGAAGAAGCUGCAAUCCUGCUAAUGGAGCUAUCCUGUGGCUUCAUUCAAAGUUAGCUUUAUUUUGAUUGGCAUUUUAUAUUAUUUAUUAUCAGGACUUAAUUUUUGCCUGUUUGCUCUUGCAAAAGAAAGAGAGGUCAUAAUCUUUUCAUAGUGUCGCAAACUAAUAUGUUGGUUUGCUUUGAUUUGCCAUGGCUAACUUGUACUAAUCCAUAUAUAAUAAAAAUACGUGUAUAUAGUUUUAAAUA